AUGUUCCGGCCACGCACCCCCUCGAACGCCCCCAAGGGGAUGCUCUCGGCGAAGGCCGCCUCCGGGCUCUGGCGGCGGUCGUACUGGGCGCUUCUGCUGAUCGCCGUCGCGCUCGCAGCCUACCUGUUCUUCCCGCAGAGCUACUCCGCGGGCCGCUCCAAGGUCAAACCGCUGCCGUACGAUGACGCCGCGGCCGCGUCCGGCGAGUACAAGUACGCGGUCGUGUUCGACGCGGGCUCGACUGGCUCUCGCGUGCACACGUACAAGUUCAAGGCCGGUGCCGGCGCGGCGACGCUCGACCUGAUCAGCGACGACUACCACCACGUCAAGCCGGGUCUCAGCAGCUUCGCGGACAAGCCGAAGGACGCCACGACCUCCCUGGAGCCUCUCAUGAAGGCUGCUCUCGAGGCGGUGCCGGCGAGCCUGCACGCGCAGACCCCCGUGGAGCUGCGCGCGACCGCGGGCCUCCGGCUGCUGCCCGGCGGGAAGGCGGACGCCAUCCUGGACGCCGUCCGCGAGUACCUGCGGGCGCAGCCGUUCAAAUUCGAGGAUGAUAUGGUGUCGGUUCUGGACGGGAUGGACGAGGGGGCGUACGCGUGGGUGUCGCUGAAUUACCUCCUCGGGCGGCUCGGGAAGGGCCCGGAGGAGCUUGCGGCGUCGAUCGACAUGGGCGGGGGCUCGAUGCAGAUGGCCUACGCGGUGAGCGACGGCGACGCGGACAGCGCGCCGCCGGGGUACGUCUCGAAGCUGUCCGGCGGGGGCGUGACGUACAACGUGUACGUGCACUCGUACCUCGGGUACGGCCUCAUGGCGGGGCGCGCAGGCGUGCUUGCCGUGUCGGACAAGGCCGCGGGACACCCCUGCAUGCCGCACGGGCCGAUUCCGGAGUACGAGUACGCCGGGGAGACGUACGACGUCGCGCCGGCGACGGACGGCCCGAGCGCGGAGGCGUGCUCGAAGGCCGCGGUGCAGUCGCUCAAGGUCGGCGAGACGUGCGAGGCGCGGUCGACCAGCGAGUGCUCGUUCAACGGCGCGUGGGGCGGGCCGGGGCUCGGGCGGCGCGACGUGUACGCGGCGUCGUACUUGUUCGACCGCGCGAUCGACGUGGGCAUCGUCGGCGCCGACGCGACGCUCGCGAAGAUCACUCCCAGUAUGUACGAGGACAUGGCGGAGAAGGCGUGCCACGAGGACGACGCGGGGACGGUCAAGGGGCUCUUCCGGAACGUGCGCAAGGACAAGGACGCGCAGUUCCUGUGCUUGGACCUCGUGUUUUGCCAUUCGGUGCUGACGGGGGGGUUCGGGAUCCCGGGGGACCAGGAGGUGACGCUGGCGCGGCGGAUUAUGUACAACGGGGACGACGUGGAGGUGACGUGGACGCUCGGGGCCGCGAUCAACACGAUCGGGAAGGUCUGA